CCCUCUAGGAUGGCCAACAACGUUCAUAUGAGUGGGCUGCUCAGCCGCCACGACGAUGAAGCCACCAGGACCUCUGAGGGCCUGGAGGAGGGCGAGGUGGAAGGGGAGACUCUCCUGAUCGUGGAGUCUGAGGACCAGGCUUCUGUGGAUUUAUCGCACGACCAGAGCGGGGACUCCCUGAACAGUGACGAGGGUGAAGCAUCCUGGAUGGAGGAGAUGUCCUAUUACUGUGAGAAGUGCCAGAAGUGGAUCCCAGCAAGUCAACUGAGAGAACAGCUCAGCUACCUCAAAGGAGAUAACUUUUUCAGAUUUACUUGCUCUGAUUGCUCAGAAGAUGGGAAGGAGCAAUAUGAACGUCUGAGAUUAACAUGGCAACAAGUUGUCAUGUUAGCAAUGUACAACUUGUCUCUGGAAGGAACAGGCCGUCAGGGGUACUUCAGAUGGAAAGAAGACAUUUGUGCUUUUAUUGAGAAACACUGGACUUUCUUAUUAGGGAACAGGAAAAAGACCUCAACAUGGUGGAGCACAGUUGCUGGCUGUCUCUCUGUGGGGAGCCCCUUGUUUUUCCGCUCAGGGGCACAGGAAUUUGGAGAACCAGGAUGGUGGAAGCUGGUUCAUAACAAACCCCCAACACUGAAACCUGAAGGAGAGAAGCUGUCAGCAUCUGCUCUGAAGGCAAAAGCAGCUUCCAAGCCCCCGCUGGAUCCCAUCAUUACUGUGGAAGGCCUUCGAAAGCGGGUGAGCCGCAAUCCAGUCGAGUCAGCCAUGGAGCUGAAGGAGAAGAGGUCCCGCACUCAGGAAGCCAAGGACAUUCGGAGAGCCCAGAAGGAGGCAGCCGGGUUCCUGGACCGCAGCACUUCCUCCACUCCUGUGAAGUUCAGCAGCCGCUGCCGCCGGCCCGACAUCGUCCUGGAGAAAGGAGAGGUCAUUGACUUCUCCUCCCUGAGCUCAUCUGACCGCACGCCUCUGACCAGCCCUUCUCCAUCCCCAUCCCUGGACUUCUCUGCUCCUGGCACUCCCGCCUCACACUCGGCCACUCCCAGCCUGCUCUCGGAAGCAGAUCUCAUCCCGGAUGUCAUGCCACCACAGGCGCUAUUCCAUGAUGAUGAGGAGAUGGAAGGAGAUGGAGUCAUAGACCCAGGAAUAGAGUACGUGCCCCCUCCCAGUGGGACAGCUGGUGCUGGUACCAUGACAGCAAGCAGAAAAAAAGUGAAGACAGCUGAACAGAUCAAACAAGAAGUGGAGAGUGAAGAAGAAAAAACAGAACGGAUGGAAGGUGACAGUGAAGAUCCUGAAGAGUCAAACAUACCCUUGCAGGUGAGAGGACGAGACAAGGGGAAGUCACAGCUGGAGAAGGAUGAUAAACCCAGAGUUCCCAAGCACACCUCAGUUAGCAUCUAUGAGGAAAAGCUGCUGCUGAAGAGACUGGAAGCCUGUCCCAAUGCCUUGAGCAUGACCCCAGAGGCCCGGAGGCUGAGGCGCAAGCUGCUGAUCAGGCAGGCCAAGAGGGAAAGAGGGCUCCCACUCUUUGACUUGGACCAGGUUGUGAAUGCUGCACUGCUCCUGGUUGAUGGGAUUUAUGGAGCCAAAGAAGGCGGUGUCUCCAGGUCCCCAGUAGGGCAAGCAACAUACAGAACUACUAGCCAGGACUUCAGGAUCUUGGACAGAUACCAGACAAUGCUGCCUGCCAUGAAAGGAUAUCGCCAGCAGACAACCAAGUUUCUGUACCGCCUGGUAGGCUCAGAAGACCUGCUGACAGACCACAGUAUUGUCAGCCCUUACACCUCCCGUGUACUUAAACCUUACAUCAGACGUGAUUAUGAGACAAAGCCCCCAAAACUCAGGCUGCUGGCAGAAAUCCGGGCGAAUCCACACAGGAAUGAUCUCAAUUGGAAGGCUGAGCCAGAAGCACCCAUUGAUUACUGCUACGUUCGUCCAAAUCACAUCCCCACUAUAAACUCCAUGUGCCACGAAUUCUUCUGGCCUGGAAUUGAUUUGUCAGAGUGCCUGCAGUAUCCAGACUUCAGUGUUGUUGUCCUUUAUAAGAAAGUUAUCAUUGCCUUUGGCUUUAUGGUGCCAGAUGUGAAGUACAACGAAGCCUACAUCUCUUUUCUACUGGUGCACCCUGAGUGGAGAAGAGCUGGGAUUGCAACCUUCAUGAUUUACCAUCUUAUCCAGACCUGCAUGGGCAAGGACGUCACCCUUCACGUCUCUGCAAGCAACCCUGCUAUGCUGCUCUACCAGAAGUUUGGAUUUAAGACUGAGGAGUACAUUUUGGAUUUUUAUGACAAGUAUUACCCCUUGGACAGCAAGGAGUGCAAGCAUGCCUUCUUCCUCAGGCUGCGGCGCUGAGCUGCUGUAGGGGUCUGGGGAGCUGGGAAAGCCCAAAAAACUCCCCCAGCUUUCAGUGGAGGAUGUUGGCUGCCACAGGAGAGCUGUAAUAUGCUGGUAAGUUUAUCCCUAGGACUUUGGAUGUCAACAGUGAGAUGCUGUAUGUGGAAAAUGGAGUCCAAGAGGAUUGAUUCCUGUGCUCCAAGGGGGGAGGCCUGGAAAUGCCAACUAGGAUACACUGAAACCACUGGAAAAUUGAAAUUCCUUAUGGGAAUUUCAUAAUUACUGUUACUUCGGAGAGCAUCAUUAGCAAACAAACAAAAAUAUCUAACAAAAAACUGUUUCUCACUUCUGAAGGGCCUCAUGGAUUUCAAGUUUUGAAACCUGUCCAAAAAAUGUUGCAGGUUUUUUGUCUUUGUUUUUGUUUAUGAGAAAAAAUGAACACCUAAACUUAAA